AUGUCACAGUCUAUAGACGAGCAGAGAGCUGCCUCUCCCGCUCUUCAGGAGGAGAGGAGUCCUUCUCCCACGCCUAGCUCCAACUCCGGAGGAGGAACGGCUGCCGAGCAAGAUGCAUACGAAGACGCCGUCGAGGAUGGCCCCGCGAGGUCGCUUACCAAACGCCCCGUGUCCACCUCGAAACCGGACCCCUCCGAAGAGCCUGUCGAGGACGGCAAGGGUGACCAGCUGGAUGGGGCCACUGGUGGCAAGACAGAGGUGGAGGAAGACGAGAAGAAUCAUACAGUCCUGGAAGGAGCCACGACCACUGGCAAGGACAGCAAGCCUCUGACGGACGAUGGUGCCGAGGCAGACAGCCCGAACACAUCGUCCUUCUCCGCCAACAGACUCUCCAACACGUCAAACCUAGACAAUGUUAAUCUGACCGACGACGACGACACCAAUGCUGCACCCGCGGCGGCCAAUGAACCCAAGGGCACGGCCGCCGAUGAAGCUCCGCCGAGCAAGACGCUGUCCCUGAACAGCAUAGCCAGUGCCCUGCCGACCAUGCCAUGGUCGCCGUCCGAAUCUCCUGUACGCAGCCCGAACCCUUCCGUCACGCCACCAGCUCAAACCUCUGCGUCGUCCGCUCCCCCGCCGCCCCCGAGCCGAAAACUCACGAGCCCCUUCUCCUGGCUCUCUCGAUCGUCAAGCAAGGAAAAGGAAGCAGCCGCGACGACCGGAACGUCUACCAGAAGAAACACGGCCAGCUCAGUGGUUACCCUGACUAGUAACCCCGAGACGAUGCUGAGCAGAUUGGAUGAGGAAGGCGAGCCCAACAGGAGGGCUAGCCUGAAGGAUAGGUUCAAGAUGUUGCGCAUGCGUGAGGAGGCCGGCAUCACCACCGCGAUGGGGGUGGAGGCGGUCAAUGGCGACGGCGACUCUGGACGAGACGUCUCCUCCCAGGGUGAGAUUUCCAACGUCCCCGAGCCCGACGGCAGUCUGCUCCCUGGUACCAUGUCCGGCGUCAACGCUGGUCCGUCGGAUGCCGAGGUCGACUGGGACCUCUGGCAGUCGGUCGUGUACGAGGGCCCCGCCGCCGUGGCCCGUUCAAGUGCCGACGAGCUCAACAGGGCCAUCGCCACAGGUAUCCCGAGCGCCAUCCGAGGUGUCAUCUGGCAGGUGCUGGCACAGAGCAGGAAUGACGAGCUAGAACUCACCUAUCGGGAGCUGGUCGCGCGGGGCACCGAGAAGGACAGGUCGAGGAAUAGCAACAGCACGACGAGCAGUGCCAUCAGCAACGGCAACCUCAGCGUCCACGGUGCCGACGGGGUGCCCUCAUCGGCGUCAUCUAUCCACUCGGAGCAGCUGUCGCCGCAGGCUGAGAAGAGCCAGGAGGCUAUGCUCAAGGCGCAGGCGGCCGCCUCGGCGGAGAGGAAGAAGAAAGAGAAGGAGGAGGCUGCGGCGCUGCAGAAGCUCGAGAAGGCCAUCAGGCGGGACCUAGGUGCACGUACGAGCUUCUCCAAGUACGCGGCCGCGGCAGGACUGCAGGACGGGCUGUAUGGCGUGUGCAAGGCGUUUGCGCUCUACGACGAAGGAGUCGGCUACGCGCAGGGCAUGAACUUCCUCAUCAUGCCCCUUCUCUUCAACAUGCCCGAGCAAGAGGCCUUCUGCCUGCUGGUGCGGCUGAUGCAGCACUACGGCCUCCGCGACCUGUUCAUCCAGGACAUGCCGGGCCUGCACAUGAACCUGUACCUAUUCGAGCGUCUGUUGGAGGACUUCGUGCCGGCGCUGUAUUGCCACCUGCACCGACGGGGCAUCUCGCCGCACCUGUACGCGACGCAGUGGUUCCUGACGCUCUUCUCGUACCGGUUCCCGCUGCAGCUCGUCCUCCGGAUCUACGACCUGAUCCUGUCCGAGGGCCUGUCAGCCAUCCUCCGGUUCGGCGUGGUGCUGAUGCAGAAGAACGCGACGACGCUGCUGGGCAUCUCGGACAUGCAGCAGCUGACGGCCUAUCUCAAGGACAAGCUGUUCGACGUGUACAUCGACAAGGACCCCAGCCAGGGCAGCCUGCUCGAGAGCGGCUUCUUCGGCUCGUCCAGCUCCAGCAUGGAGAAGGAGGUGUACCGGGCCGACCAGCUGGUCCGCGACGCGUGCGACGUCAAGAUCGCCCCCGAGACCCUCAAGGCCUACAAGGCCGAGUGGGAGGAGAAGACGCGUCUGGAGAAGGAGCGCGAGACGGAGCUCUACGAUCUCCGCAAGUCCAACCAGCACCUCACCUCCAAGGUGCGCUACCUCGAGGAGCGCGUCGAAGUGUGCGACCGCGAGCAGGCCGCCCUGGCCACGGAGCUGGUCCACACCAAGGUGGAGAAUGAGGAGCUGAAGGACGAGAACGAGAGUCUCAAGACGCAGGUCCACGAGCUGAAGGUUGUCAUCGACAAGCAGCCACAGGAGCUCGAUGAGAAGUGGAAGCUCGAGAGGGACGAUCUGCUCAAGCGUAAUGUCAAGGUGCACGACGAGAAUCAGGAGCUCGAGAAGACGCUGCAGGAUCUCGAGGAUCAGCUGGUCCAGACUAAGAUGCGAUAUGCAGAGAUCUAG